AUGAAGAAAGGGCGGCCAGGCGUGGUGCUCCAUGUGCUGUGCGAUCGCAGUCAAUGCGACGAUAUGCUCUCAAUCAUUCUCAAUGAGACCACCACACUGGGAGUGCGCAUAGUGCCAUGUGAGCGUGUGGCAAUGCAGAGGCUCAUGGAGAGUGCUCUCACGCCCUGGGGAUGGGUGCCAGUGAAGGCUGGAUAUUUGCAGGGAAAACUGGUGACAGCUACAGCAGAGUAUGAGCCAUGUGCUGCGAUUGCACGAGAGAAUCACGUCCCUCUUAAGGCCCCUCCUUCCUCGCACUCGGACCACUUCCUCUCAGUUUGCCCCACCACUCUCACCGUUGACCUCCUCGAGAAAGCCCUCCUAGCGACAGAGAAGAGCAUAGUCGCUGUAGGAGCCUCUCGUGGUGAACCUCGCACCCCUGACUUUGAGGGGUGUUCUCUCUCCCCUCUCUUGCCCUCUGUUCCUUCUGCUGCUACGGCCAACCUCGUUGGUUUUGAGUCGGUCGACGCUGCGUCUGCCCCAAACAGAAGACGCCACACUAGCAAGGGCAAGGAGGGUAAGGGCACUGGAGGAGAUGGAGGGGGCGGUGGAGGUGGUGGUGGAGGCAGUGGAGGGAGUGGGGGUGGUGGUGGGAGUGGUGCCGGGGGUGGCGGCGGCGGCGGCAGCAGUGGAGGCGGCGGAGGCGGUGGAGGUGGCGGAGGGAGCAGAGGCGGCGGAGGUGGCGGAGGAGGCAGAGGUGGAGGAGGCGGCGGCGGCGGUGGUGGAGUGGGUCGCGACUCAGCGCAGAGGAGUGGCUCGGGUGGUGGUCCGCGCCAGCAGCAGCGGAGUGGUGUGACCAUGUCCCCUCAGCAGCUUCGUGAGUGGUACACUGCGCGUCAGCGCGGUGGGGUUUUUGGUCCCUGCACUUACGUCCUCCGUACCGGCGACCGAGCUGGUGAGCAGUGCGGAGGCCCGCACUCCACCCAGCGCUGCUUCGGUCGCCUGACGAACGCGUGGCGUCGCCAGUUCCCUGAGGCGUCAGAGAUCCCUCGCUGGGAAGAUCUGUCUAAGGCAGGGGUUGCUAUCUUUGAUCUUGAUUUUGAUGCUAUUCUUGCUGCCAUGUAUGCUGUUGAUACUAGUGUUGCGAGUGACUGUUACCUGUGUGUACCGCCUGACCCGGGCAUUGGGGCCGCUGCUCUAGAUGCUCGUGAGGCUGCUGCUCUAGGUGCUAAUGCGUCUGCUACCCCAGGUGCUAGUGCGUCUGCUGCCCAAGGUGCUGGUGAGUCUGCUCUCUCAGGUACUUCGUCGGCUCAGGCCUCACACACCUUCACCCUUGACUCGGGUGCGUCCCGCUCCUUCUUUCGAGACCCCACCACUCUUACGCCGCUCAGUCGGCCAGUUGCAGUGUGUCCCAGGUAG